CCUAACUGAAUUUUAAUAAAAUUAUUUUCUGUCACUUUCCCGGGAAAAUCUUCUUCUUUCUGUUUUUCUCAAUUUUCUUUUUGUUCCCCAAUGGUUUUGUCCCGCAACUCAUCGUCCCAACCGGAGAUCGACGACGCCGCCGCCGGCAGCGACAUUGGAUUCCACCCGAUCCGUGGCCGGUUCCCCUUCAAGCGGAACCCUAGCCACAACCGUGACCGUCACAGAGCCUCCUCCGAUCGCCAAUUGCCGAGGUCCAACCGAUCUCACCUCCACAAUCGCUUCACUCGCAAGGGGUUGCUAUGGCUCUUCCCCUUCUUCAAGGGAAAAUCCGGAUUCUACGCCAUGAUCAUCGCCGUCGUCUUCCUCUUCGCCCUUGCCUCCAUGGUGAUGCAAAGCUCCAUCACCUCCGUUUUCCGGCAACGGACCGAGCGCGGGAGAUAUCUCCCGGAAAAGCUCAAGUUCGGUAGCACGCUCAAGUUCGUGCCUGGAAAGUUUUCCCAGAGGUUCCUCUCCGGUGAUGGUCUCGAUCGGGUUCGGUCCCAACCGAGGAUUGGUGUUCGUGCACCCAGGAUAGCUCUCAUUUGUGGGCACAUGAAGAUAGAUUCCCAGUCAUUGAUGUUGAUUACUGUGAUUCAGAAUCUACAGAAGUUGGGUUAUGUUUUUAAGAUAUUUGCAGUAGGGCAGGGGAAGGCCCGCUCAAUAUGGGAAAACAUAGGCGGUGGUCUCUCUCAAUUGAGUAGAGAGCAGCAAGGCCAGAUUGAUUGGUCAAUUUUUGAAGGUAUCAUUAUUGACUCUCUAGAAGCAAAAGAAGCCAUUUCAAGCCUUAUGCAGGAGCCUUUUUGUUCAGUACCAUUGAUAUGGAUUAUUCAAGAAGAUAGCCUUUCAAGUCGUCUUCCAGUUUAUGAACAAAUGGGUUGGGAGCAUCUUGUUUCUCAUUGGAGAAGCGCUUUUAGCAGAGCCAGUGUUGUUAUCUUUCCAGAUUUCAUUUAUCCGAUGUUAUAUAGUGAGCUUGACACUGGAAACUUCUUUGUGAUUCCUGGAUCACCGGUAGAUGUGUGGGCUGCAGAAAGCUAUAGUAAGACCCAUGCAAAGGAUUCACUAAGAGAACUUAGUGGAUUUGGUAAAGAUGAUAUGGUAGUUCUAGUUGUUGGGACCUCAAUCUUCUAUGAUGACCUAUCUUGGGACUAUGCUGUUGCAAUGCAUUCCAUAGGGCCUCUGCUGACAAAAUAUGCAAGGAGGAAUGGUGAAGCUGAGUCAUUUAAAUUUGUUUUCUUAUGUGGCAAUUCUACCAAUGGUUAUGAUGACGCUUUACAGGAAGUUGCUUCACGUUUGGGACUUCCUCAUGGUUCUAUAAGGCAUUAUGGCUUGAAUGGUGAUGUGAAUAGUGUGUUACUAAUGGCUGAUAUCAUCCUAUAUGGUUCUGCUCAAGAAGUGCAGGGUUUUCCUCCAUUAUUAAUCAGAGCAAUGACUUUUGAAAUUCCAGUCGUUGUACCUGAUUUUCCUGUCUUAAGAAAAUAUAUUGAGGAUGGAGUCCAUGGGAUAUUUUUUUCUAAACACAAUCCUGAAGCUUUGAUGAAUGCUUUUUCACUUUUGCUUUCAAAUGGAAGACUUUCUAAAUUUGCUCAGGCAAUUGGAUCAUCUGGGAAACAGCUUGCUAAAAACAUACUAGCUUUGGAUUGCAUAACUGGCUAUGCAAGACUUCUGGAGAAUGUACUCAGUUUUCCCUCAGAUGCUUUACUGCCUGGUCCUGUUUCUCAGAUUCAGCAUGGGGCAUGGGAAUGGAAUUUGUUCCAGGAUAAAACAGAACCUGGCAUUGAGUUACCAAAGAUGGAUGAUGAUUUUUCCGUUGGAAAAGUUUCCAUUGUCCAUGCUGUUGAGCUGGAGUUGGCAAAUCUUAAUUAUUCAACAAGCAUCUUUGAGAAUGGAACACAGGUUCCAAUGCAGGAUAAACUAACCAAAAUGGAUUGGGACAUUUUGAGGGAAAUUGAAAUAUCUGAAGAGAAUGAAAUGUUUGAAAUAGAAGAGGUUGAAGAGAGGAUGGAGAAAGAUGGUGGUGUGUGGGAUGAGAUAUAUCGUAAUGCUAGAAAAUCUGAGAAACUGAAGUUUGAAGCCAAUGAGAGGGAUGAAGGGGAGCUUGAGAGAACAGGAGAACCAGUGUGCAUAUAUGAGAUAUACAAUGGUGCUGGAGUGUGGCCAUUCCUACACCAUGGUUCUUUGUACCGUGGGUUAAGCCUUUCUAGAAGAGCACAGAGACAAAGCUCUGAUGAUGUGGAUGCUGUUGGACGAUUGCCUCUUCUGGAUGACACACAUUAUGUGGACAUUCUCUGUGAAAUGGGAGGAAUGUUUGCAAUGGCAAAUAGGGUGGAUAACGUUCACGGGAGGCCUUGGAUUGGGUUUCAAUCAUGGCGUGCUGCUGGUAGGAAGCAGGUAGCAUUGUCUGCGGAAGCUGAAAAGGUUUUGGAAGAAACAAUGCAAGAUAAUGUUAGAGGUGAUGUAAUUUAUUUUUGGGGACGCUUGGACAUGGAUGGGAGUGUCAUAGGAAGCAACAAUGCACUUACUUUUUGGUCCAUGUGUGACAUCUUAAAUGGAGGCAACUGCAGAACUGUUUUUCAAGAUGGCUUCCGCCAGAUGUAUGCAUUGGCCCCCCAUGCAGAAGCACUUCCCCCCAUGCCUGAAGAUGGUGGUUAUUGGUCAGCGCUGCACAGUUGGGUGAUGCCAACCCCUUCUUUCCUGGAGUUCAUCAUGUUCUCACGGAUGUUCGUUGAUUCCAUUGAUGCACUGCACAGAGACUCCUCCAGUCAAUUUAGCGUGUGCUUGUUAGGCUCUUCAGAGAUUGAGAAAAAGCACUGUUAUUGUCGAGUAUUGGAGCUUCUCGUCAAUGUAUGGGCUUAUCAUAGUGCACGAAAGAUGGUAUAUAUAAAUCCUAACACUGGUUUUAUGGAAGAGCAGCACCCAAUUGAACAACGGAAGGGUUUUAUGUGGGCAAAAUACUUCAAUAUUUCAUUGUUGAAAAGUAUGGACGAAGAUCUAGCGGAGGCUGCAGAUGAUGGUGACCAUCCAAGGGAAAUGUGGUUGUGGCCAAUGACAGGGGAGGUACACUGGCAAGGGAUUUAUGAAAGGGAGAGGGAAGAAAGGUAUAGGCUAAAAAUGGAUAAAAAAAGAAAAACAAAAGAGAAAUUAUAUGAAAGAAUGAAAUAUGGUUACAAGCAGAAAUCGCUUGGACGAUAGGAAAGCUAGGAUUUGAAUUUUACAUGGGCAAACAUUUCUGAACCCAAUUUUGCUUCACUCGGGAAAAUUGUCUUGCGAAUUGGAGAAACUUUGAUUCUAACAACAUUGGCAGAGACGUAGAGACAGUAUUCUGUUUCUUUCUUCAUUGACUGAAUACGUAUAUUCAACCCUCAGUCUCAAACGGGAGAGACAGAGACACAGAGCGAAAGGAGUUUCACAUCUUAUGCUGUUCACUAGUUUCACGGCCUUUUUUCAUGGUCAAUUAUAGCAGCAUAGAAGAUACAGGUAGUUCCUCUUCUAGAUGUACUCAUAGUCUAUAGAAAUUCAUUCAUCAAUCACAUUCGAUUUAGCUUAAUUAUGUAUUCUUUCAUUUCUGUAUAUUUGUUAAACAAUUAGUGGCAAUUUUGAGUAGAAUAA